CAUCACUAGCACUCGUCAAGGUACGCGCACCGAGGCCUUGCACGUUCACACUCUGCGGGCUACCACCACUAUCCCCUACACGUCCACGUAUGCGAAUCUGAAUGCUGGAACCUGAUCUAUUUAGGAGCAGGUUGGGAAGAGGAGUAUCUGCUGCAUAGACAUCUACUGGACGUCAUGUUCCCCUCGUUGCUUCCAACUUCACUCCUCGCGCUGGUGUUUGCAUCUCCAGUUCUCGGCGCACCUUCGUCGUCGAAUGAUCCGUUCCGCGAGAUCGCUUUACAGGCUCCCAAGCGAGAAGAACCUCCCAUCUGCUGUCUCAGACCUCUAGAGCCUGCUGAGCCUAGUGCAGGAGACGAUGUCUUCAUUUCCUUCGAGGACUGGAAGGCUAGACGCCUCGGCGAAGCUAGAGAAUCUCCUGCGAGGUCUUCUCCGGCGGCGAACACCGCUCAAAGGUCCGCGGGAGGAAAGGAGAGAAACGACGUCGAUGGGCAGGACAAGGCGGCCUCAUCGAGCCGAGUCUUCGGCGUGGUGCAACCCAGCGGUCUUCAGGAUAGCGCAGACGUAUCCCACCAUGACGAACGUCUCGCCCCGCAACUUCGCAUACCCAUCGUCGACCGUUUCAACUAUGCGGCAACGGACUGCUCCGCCCGCGUGCACACCGCACACCGCUCAGCGAAGUCACCGUCGUCCAUCCUCUCCUCGAAGAAGGACAGGUAUCUGCUCAGUCCCUGUGCGGAGGAGAAGCAGUUCGUGGUGGUGGAGCUCUGCGACGACAUCAUGAUUGAUACGGUGCAAAUGGCGAACUACGAGUUCUUCAGCGGCGUGUUCAAGGACUUCUCGGUGAGCGUGGCGAAGACGCCUCCGACGGACGAGCAGGGUUGGACGCAUGCGGGCACAUAUCGUGCGCAGAAUGUGCGCGGGGUUCAGUCGUUCCAUCCACCGCCUACCCUGCGCGACUUCUAUCGUUUCAUCCGGAUCGACUUCCACUCGCAUUACGGCAAUGAGUACUACUGCCCCCUCUCCCUACUCCGCGUCUAUGGCCUGACGCAUUUAGAGCAAUGGAAGUGGGACGAAUGGGAACAGCAGAGCAGGGCACGACGGGCUAGUGAUGCAAGUGCGGCUGCAGACAGCCACCCUGAACCUCCGCAGACGGCUCACAUACCUGUCGCGGACGUCUCAAAGCCGCAGUCCGUCGAAACCGAAGCGGCCAUGAAGGGCUCAACUCGAGUUGCGUCGGAAACCGAACAUGCAGCCGAUGAGGAUGGUGCUUCCUCUGUAUCAUCGAGGGAACCGUCAGUACAGAUUCCCUCCGGGCCGCAUACUCUUGAGGAACCGCAACCGACCCAGGACGCAGCACCGGUGUCCGAUACCGCGGCUUCGAUCCCACCUACGACACCUGCAGAUACUACCACUCCGGACAUGUCCACGACCCCUGAUGACCUCGACAACGUAUCCCACGAAUCACAAACAGCGCAUCCCGCCGACAAUGAUUCUGCGAAGGCGACCACUCCUUCCUGGGCGAUAUCUACGUCUCUAUCUUCGGACCAUUAUCCGCCUUCGUACCACAAUAGGCCACCUCACGAAGGCACAUCAUCUGGACCUGUUGAGAGUGCCCACGCAUCUCAGUCUCGGGUGGCUUCCAUUGCAUCGAAUCUAUCUUCGUCCGUAUCAUCUUCCGUCUCACUGGCCGCCUCGCAGUCGCAUUCGCCUCCUCCUUCACCCCCUGUUGUAUUCCCCCCAGCCAGCACUGGAGGCGAGUCCAUCUACCGUACCAUCAUGAACCGCCUGUCUGUCUUGGAGGCCAACACCACGCUGUACGCGCGCUACGUCGAAGAGCAGACUGCCGGAAUACGAGAGGUGUUGUUGCGCCUGGGCGAGGACUUGGGCCGUCUCGAGGGAAUCGGCAAAGCGCAGGCUCAGAUGUACCAGCGUUCUGUCACCGAGUUCGACAAGCAACGGAGGAAGCUCGAGUGGGAGCACCGCGAACUCCUUGUCAAAGUGAACCACCUCACAGAAGAGGUCGUCCUCGAGAAGCGGCUCGGUAUACUGCAGCUCUGCUUGCUCCUCGCCGUCCUGGUGUUCAUGGCCCUCACACGUGGUUCGAGGGGAGAACAUGCAUCCGUACACCGUGUCCCAGAUGCUGGCCGACCUAUGGGCAUGCGCGAGUGGGGCAGGAGGACAUUGAGCCUGAGCGGCGACUGGGUGAAUCGCUUCAGAAGCCGCAGUCCAACCCCUAAACCCGUCUCGCGGCCCGAAUUAAGACAAAUUGACAAAAACCCAGCGGAGAAAGUCGACUUCCCCUCACAAAGCACACAAACCCCCUCGCACCGACCCUUCCUCAGCACCAGCCCACGCUCUCCUACCUUCUCCCAUCCCCGCUCCGCGACCCGCCACCUCAGCUCCCGCCCACGCACGCCCUCCUCCCUGCGCGUCUCCACGCCGCGCUACCAUAACCUGCACGCACGCAGUACACAGACGACGUCGACCCCGCCACCCUCAGCGCGCCCGCAGAUGACGCGCUCGACCUCGAGCAGCGCAGGGUUCGGCUCGGGCUUUGGUACGACGGCGAUCGAGUCCGUGCCGCGCUCUGCGAAGCGGUGGGCGCGGAGCGCGCACUUGCACGAGGUCAAGAGCACCAGCGGCGUGCAGAGCCGCGCACCCGACAGUGCGCGCAUGGGCGCAGAGGAGACCCUGGGCACCGUGCGUGAAACCGAGAGCGCCGGGUCGUCGCGCACUGUGCUCGUGUCGGAGGGUGCGACCCCCGCCGUGGACGUCUUCAGUCCGCGUCCCGAGGCUCCGCCGACCCCCACAGCGAGCAAGGGCAAGGGCAAGCAGCUCCGCCCGACGCUGUCCCCCUUGCGCCUUUCGGCACCCAAUGACCUCCCACGGAUGUGCGUCGUCUCCAGCCCCGCGUCCGACGCGGAAGGCAGCGAGGGCGACGCGUGGGUGGACACCGACGCUGAUGGUUCCGAGUCCGAGCCGGGCGUAGUUGCGAUAGGCAUCACGCCCAACCCGGCGCGCCAUGCGAUAUUUGCAGCGUAACGGUGCUGUCCUCGCGACCGACGUACGUUUGCAUCGUGUCGCGCUGUCUAGUUUUCCUUCGUGUCUCUUCGUAUGACGUUCCCUCUCGGUCCCGUCCUAGAACGCAAUCUGCAUAGCAUCCACUAUCGGACCACCACAUGUCUUUAUUGUAUUUUGUAUAUCUGCAUUGGUUUGGGGUUUAUGCUCAGGGAUUCACGCUUCCCCCAUACCUUCAUCUGACACUGUACAUAUUAGUUCCUUCCGGCAACAAGGUCUUAAUCAGGGUUCAACAUAUCACUCAGG